UGUCCAUUCCAUGCUGCCCAGUGCAGAGCUGUCCAUCCAUCAUUGUCCUUUGUGCUAAUGUCAGACUCUGUUUCAAUAAGUAACUGUGACACCCUUUCGUGGCCAUUCCAUGCUGCCCGGUGGAGUGCUGUCCAACCACCACUAUCCCUUGCAUUAACUUCUGCUCCCAUAUCAAUCAAUGCCUUUACUACUCUUAGAUGUCCAUUCUCUGCUGCCCGAUGCAGCGCCGUCCAUCCGUCACUAUUCUUCUCAGCAACGUCAGCCCCUUUAUUAACCAGUAACUGUAACACCCUUUUGUGCCCGUUCCAUGCUGCUCGGUGCAGCGCCGUCCAAUCGCAACUAUCCCUUGCGCUAACUUCUGCUCCCAUAUCAAUCAAUACCUGCACUACAUUCAGAUGCCCAUUCUCUGCUGCCCGAUGUAGCGCCGUCCAUCCAUCACUAUGCUUCUCGGCAACUUUAGCUCCUUUCUUAGCUAGUAACUGGACCACUUUCGUAUGCCCAUUCCAUGCUGCUCUGUGUAGUGCUGUCCAUCCAUGA